AUGAUUAAAUCUAUCUAUCUAUCUAUCUAUCUAUCUAUCUAUCUAUCUAUCUAUCUGAAAUUAGGUAUUAUCCCGAACAAUGUAAAUAAUCUAUCUAUCUAUCUAUCUAUCUAUCUAUCUAUCUAUCUAUCUAUCUAUCUACAAACCAUCAUAAACUCCUUGCGUCCUUGUGUUUUUUUUUUUUUUACUUGGGGUGGAAUGAUUAAAUCUAUCUAUCUAUCUAUCUAUCUAUCUAUCUAUCUAUCUACAAACCAUCAUAAACUCCUUGCGUCCUUGUGUUUUUUUUUUUGUCCUACUUGGGGUGGAAUGAUUAAAUCUAUCUAUCUAUCUAUCUAUCUAUCUAUCUAUCUACAAACCAUCAUAAACUCCUUGCGUCCUUGUGUUUUUUUUUUUUUUUGUCCUACUUGGGGUGGAAUGAUUAAAUCUAUCUAUCUAUCUAUCUAUCUAUCUAUCUACAAACCAUCAUGUAAAAUGCAAUGUCAAUCAAACUCCUUGCGUCCUUGUGUUUUUUUUUUUUUUCCCACUUGGGGUGGAAUGAUUAAAUCUAUCUAUCUAUCUAUCUAUCUAUCUAUCUACAAACCAUCAUGUAAAUGCAAUGUCAAUCAAACUCCUUGCGUCCUUGUGUUUUUUUUUUUUUUUUGUCCCAUUUGGGGUGGAAUGAUUAAAUCUAUCUAUCUAUCUAUCUAUCUAUCUAUCUAUCUAUCUAUCUACAAACCAUCAUGUAAAUGCAAUGCCAAUCGUUAUCUUCUGUCUUCUUAA